ACAAAGGACGACAAAUCGAACUACUUAACUGAAGGCGGGAGUGCCGGAAACGUCAGCGGAACUUUUCGAGCAAGCGCGGUCUAAGCGCGACGCAAACAUCAGUUCAACAACUGCAGUCGCGCCCUCCAUUGUUAAUGAAAAAAGGUCAAUUCCUUCUUCGAUACAACUUAGCGACCUGAGCUAUUGCGGAACGAGCCCUUAACACUUUCUUUGUCUGAGCCGAUGGCGUCAAGGAAGCCUAACGACACGCAUGCUGGUGUCAGUCAUCCCUUGGCCAGUUUGCAGCUGCUGGCUCCGCCCGUGCGCUUGCUAUCCGCCGCCCUCUGGAAGGUCAUGAAGCAGCGGGACGUGGCGCAGUACGGCGUCCUGGCGGAAUUUGUGGAGUCCACUUGCGACGCCGUGUCCGACCUGCUCACCUCCAGGCACCGGGCCAAGCUGGCGUUGGGGCUGAGAACGCGACUCAUCUUGGAGCUCCUGCGUGUCCCGCAACCCGAUGCCAGCGUCAUUGCGACCCACCUGAAAAAGAUAAAAGCUCCUUCCGUCCCGUCCACUUCUACCGCGAAGAUUGACGUCAAGGUGAAGAAAUCGGUCGAUAGUUUUCACACGCUGGUCCACGAGCUGCUCACUGACUCGGCUGCCAAGGAGGAGUUUUUCCAGGAGGAGUUCCUGGAGGACUACGGUCCAUUAUUCGAGGAAAGACUGGAGAAGCUGCUGUGGGAGUUCCUCAUUCGAUUGGAUCAACUGCUCCCGGUGCCCAGCCUUCCUCAGAAUGUGUGUGCGCAGACGGUGUCGUGGCUCAGCGAGAACCCCGCCGUCUUGGAAGAGUGCGCCCGUGCCGCCAGCCAGCCCCAGCUUCUCAAGACUUUGCUGGACCAUCAAGCCUGUCUCUCAGCAUCCCUCCCACUGAACGCGGCAGACUCCAUCUUGACCCCCGUCUCUUUACCGCUCUCUGGAAAAGUGCCUUCAAGUCUGCAACAAGGCCCCGGGUCGUCAAGCUCUUGCGGGGAUCAGCCGAUCCGCGAGCGAAACCUAACGCCGCCCGUGGCCGCCGCAAUCCGCGGGCUGCUGACCGACAGCGACGACGCGCCGGCAAUGAAGAAGGCCAAGCGAGACGGCGGCGAGCUGACGGGGAGGAGCGGCUGCGAUGAGGAACCCAUGGCGUCCCAAAGGCAUCACAGCCUCGUCGCGGCGGCCCUUGGACAGCGCCAACUCAGACUGGUGAUUCCGAAACUGUCGAGCGCCCAGCUAUGUCCGGGAGCGACGCCUUCUGGCCCAAGAACAAACUUGGAUGACUCCAUCUCGACAUCCCUCCCUUCGGAGCUUUUCGGAAGCGGGGCCUCAAAUCCCCAACCAGGCGCUGGGUCUUCCGAGGAUCCAAAGAAAACGGUCGCCCCCGAAAGAAGCCACAACGAGCAAGAUGGCGGCAGGCCGGCCACCUGGAAGGCAAGGAGCAGCCUCGCUAGACGCGAGCAAGCAAGCGGCGACGGGGAAGCGCCCCAAAAGCCCCGUCAACCUAAAGUGGUGAUUCGAAAACUGCGGCGCUGCGAGCUCCAUCUGGGAGCGGCGUCUUUCUACGGGCUGAAGAGCGUCAACGAGAAAGAAAAUUGUCCAAGGUCCGUAAGCGGAAGUGCCUUGUCAUCUCCUCAGCGGCGCGGCAGCAGUAGCAGCAGUGCAGAGGCGCCGGUCCCCUCGGGCGAUGAUUACGUGGCAGAUUCUGAGGACGAAGGCACCAAGAAGUUCAAGGAGAGACUGUUUCUCAAGCGUUACCGCAAAAGCAAGCACGGCACGUUCUUCCCCACCCUGCGUGAAUUCUUGAAGCUGCGGAAGCGCGCCGUGCUGCUUAUUGCCCAGCGUGACGGUGUCUUUGACCGCUUCAGUCUUACGUGAGCCAUCUUUGGAUUGGAAAAUGCUGAGACUUCAGAAUAAAUGCAGUUUUAAUGUGCA